CAGCCUGAACAAAGAAUAGUGAAAAAGCUCUCUGAGCAAUGAGUAUACCAGGAUUUUUCUGCAUUGAUUUGAGUCCCACUGCUUCUCUCAGACAUGUUCCAUUUGCCUGCUCUUUUCUUCCAUGUCAAUCCACUACUUUUCUGUGCUGGGAGAAGAUAUCAAAGUUCAUGUCAAUGUCGGCAGUUACAAUGUAACAGAUGAAACCAAAUGUACCAAAAAAAACUUCCAACCCAGAGGUUGAUAAACAAUGAAUCUUUGGGAAGAUUCAGCAGCCAUCCGCCACCUGCAAAGAUCAACUGGAGUUCCAGGGUUGAAAGGAAGUGGACUCACACAAUAGAUGCCCCCCUACAACCCUCUCUUUUAUCCUCACCAUCCAACACACAUUGGCACACUGCCAACUCGGAAUCUUAAGAACUCUCAUUCAAAAGAACCCCCCUUAAGAAGGGGAUUUGUUUAAAGCCAGGACCCUUUCUCUCUCCCAGUCCUUGUAUUUUCCCCCUUUCAUAUCCCCAUGAGAAGAGCGAUUUUUGCUUGAUUAUUCUCCGACACCGCAACUGGGAUUUCUAAAAUUGCCACUCCAGCAGCGUUUUGUCAGAUUUAUGAAUUUUGUCAGUGAAGGGAUGCCAUUCUCGCUCUAGCGUGGACACAGCCAGAGGAGGAGGAAAUGGAGGAAGAAGAAAAUAAGGAAGAUCCAGAGAUGACUGACCCCUGUUGACUUACGGAAGAUGAACUCAAGGCCACACUGCUCAAAUAUGGAGUCAAAGCUGGAGCCAUUCAGGACAUGGCGAUGGUGGACAAGUAUACCACGGCUAACCGAUCACCUUGCGUCACCCCAAAGACCUCCUUUUCUAACAGCAUAUCAAGGCACCUACAUUAGCAUGGAGCCGGUCACAGAUGUCCUGAUGGAGUUCCUAGAGACCGACUCUAUACACACUGGCAUUGUUGCCACCUGUCGGAGGCCUAUCAAGGGUGCAGCGGGGCAACCAGUCCAGUUUAAAUACCCAGACCUGCCUGCCAGUCCCAUGACCCUACAGAGACGGGCAUUGGCGCGCUGCCUGGUGCCUCUGUGGGCCCAGAUCCUGGUCUUCCUCAUCUUGACUUGCCUCCUCGAACUCAUCUACUCUGCCAUGGAGCACAGCUCGGACCAUCCUUUUGUGGCCUUGCUGGACAACCUCAGUAUGGGGACAGCGACUGAGGGACUGUCGCUCCAGGAUGACCCUUAGGACUCAUCUGUACACCCUCUCAAGGGAGGAGUAACUCCCCUGCUCUAGGUCUGUGUACUGACUCUCCACCCUUCUCCUAAAGGGAGAAAUCAUUUUAUGCAUGAAUUUAAUAGUGGAUAAAACUUAAUCCAGCCAAUGCUUAUACCAAUCCUAAACUUUAAAAUCCAUGAUGAGAAGUAGUGCACACUUGGGGGUUAAGGAAGGAUGCUCCACAAAUUGGUUUACAGUUGUUGUGAGGAACUUCAUUUGGUCACUGUAAUUCACCUUUACACUUUGGAUGAUGCCACUUUGUUCAAAUAUAUACAGUGAUUGUGGAAGUGCAGAAAAUAAAGUUAUUAGGCCUAAUUUAGAGAAAUAAUACCAUUUUGAGAUUUGUAACUGAAGGGAAGAUGUUGUAUUUAAUUAAAAGUAUGUAUCAAGGAGAACUGAAUGGCAUUACGGCUACAAUUUACACAUUGGUUCAGUUGGGGUUAUCAAAGUCCAGUCUGUGUUAGACUUCAUCAAAGAUGUGAUCAGGGACAGUAUUCUCUUGUUUUAAAGGUUUUGUAAAUGUAUUUUUAUUCAGUUCAGUUUUUGGGCACUGAAAUGUCAAACUAAUAAGCAAUAUUAAAAAAUAUAUUUUGUGAAUACUCAUUACCUUUUCGAACCCAUCUGUAAUUUUUCAGUUUCUAUUUUGGGUGUGAAAUAGCUACUUUAAACAAAAAAUGUUAGGGAAUUCAGUGUUUUUUUUUUUCAAGAGUUGCUUUUGUGUUUGACUUAUUUUUAAUAAAGAGAUUUGUUUCAUUUGGACAUGGUCCCAAAUAAAUAACA